AAAAAAAAAAAAAAAAAAAAAAACAAAACAAACGGAAAGAGACAGAAGUAUAAUUGUUCUGGCACGCCUGCAUUCCUACUCCAGUCUCAGACGGGCAGGCACUCUUUCUUGUCGGAGCCAGAAAGAGGAUCUGAUCCCUGAAGAUUAUCGCCACGAACGUGCGUAAGUGAAACCUGCAGCCAUGCUGAAACAGAUAUUAUCAGACAUGUACAUCGAUCCGGAGCUGCUGGCUGAACUCAGCGAGGAGCAGAAGCAGAUCCUUUUCUUCAAGAUGAGGCAGGAACAGAUCAGACGAUGGGAGGAAAGAGAAGCUGCUGCAGAAAAUAUUUCAGCAAAGAAGCCACUGCCAAGAAAAGCCAACAGGAAAUCAGUGACAUGGAAACUCGGCGCUGACAAUGAAGUGUGGGUCUGGGUGAUGGGCGAACAUCCUUCAGAUAAACCCUAUGCGGCCAUCUGUGAAGAGAUCCAGGCACAAAGAACAAAGCGCCUAGUGAGAGAGCAAGGCCAGGAGGGCAGAGAGACUGACUCUUCUGCAACAUGGACUCUACACCCAGAGCCAGGACUUCUGGCCGAGACAGAUCUUCAUGGGAAUAAAAAGAACGCUGUGGAGAAAAAGAAGGAGCAAGGGGGAAGAAUGGCUGAUAUUGAUACAACAGGAAAAAGCCAGGAGCUCACAAAGAGGGGAACCAGAAGUGUUCACCAGAUGCUGGCAGAUUGCCAUGUGAGGAAGCAAAUUUUUCAACAGAUGAAGGAAGCACAGAGGAAAAAUUCAGAAGAGAUCACAGCCCCCCAGAAGUCAAUACCACAGGACCACUCCAGCACAGAGAGCCAGAGAACACUGCAGAAAUUGGAUGAGAAUGAGCCUGAAUGGCAAGAAUUCUUGCAGAAAUCCAAGGCAGCAGAUGAGAAGAGACGCUCCCUUGCACGGCAAGCCAGAGAUGACUACAGGAGGCUUUCACUGCAAGGCAUCCACAGAGGGAAGCAGGCAGAUAUUUCCAAGAGUGCCACAGCAGGAGAUCGGCGACCACUUCAAUAUCCACCUCUCCCCCCCAAGCCUAAACUUCUACCUCCUGCAAUGGCAAAUGGGAGAGCAAUUAGGAAAGAGGGAGUCCAGAGGACAGUCUCUAAUUCCACAGAAGAAAGUAUCAUCAAAUGGUUCAAAGAGGAGCAAUUCCCUCUCCGAGCUGGCUAUCUGAAAACCACAGACACAAUAGCACCUUGGUUCCAUGGUAUCCUAACCUCUAAGAAAGCAGAAGAGCUUCUGAUUAAAACACUACCAGGGAGUUUUCUGAUCCGAGUCAGUGAGAAAAUCAAAGGCUAUGUGCUCUCCUAUCGGUCUGUGGAAGGAUGUAAACAUUUCCUCAUUGAUGCCUCCAGUGAUUCCUACAGCUUCCUUGGAGUGGACCAGCUGCAACAUUCAACGCUGGCUGACCUUGUAGACUAUCACAAGGACGAACCCAUCACUUCCUUGGGGAAGGAGCUGUUGGUUUACCCAUGUGGCCAAGAGGACCAAGAGCCAGAUUACAUCUCUCUCUUUGAGUAAACCUCCCCAUCUCGUUGGGCCAGACUUGUACUUACAAAGAACUUGGAACUAGAGCUGCUGAUACUUACCUGAAAACAUACGUGCCUCUUUUUGUAUCCUUCACAACAAAGCAUUAGGAGGAUAGGUACUGUUGUGUGCUACAGGAUGCAUCAGCCCAGCAAGCUGCAAAGCACCUGAAUACAUCCCAGAAGAUGGAGAGAAUGAGCUGAUGAAGUAAUUAGUUGAUCAGGGAGAUACUGCUGUGGAUUUUCAGUGGGUUUUUGUAGGUUUCCUGGGGGGCUUCUGUAUUCAAGCUGCCUUUUGUUCCUGAAUGCAAGGUUCUCUGGGAAAUAGAUUAGUACCUACAGUUGAAUAAGAUUAUACCUUCCUGAACACAUAAAACAACUUGGAGAGGUGAAUCGAUCUUGAUAUGUAAUUUGCAUAAUGUGAAGCUUAAUUCUAUAAAAUUCUGUGUUCUUGGAAGGAAGGAUGUUCAGCCAAACAUCCAAGCAAACCCUGAGUGCCUUUCAGUGGAAGGUGCUCUCUGUGACAAGAUAUUAGCACACAUGAAGAGUGCAUUUUUUAAACUCCUCUAGCCUCUGAAUAUAGAUCCUCACUCUUUUAACCUGUAUUUAACUCCCACACAGGCCUUUCUGCAUUGAGAGGGAUUAUCCUGUUUGAAAAGGAAAGGAGAUGGGACAGAGUCAUUUGUGUGAAUGACCACAUGCACAGAGCCUAAAAAUGUAAGAAGGAACACCUAUAUCAGUAUUAAUACAGUUUACAGAAGAGUUUUUGCCAGUAAAGAAUGCUGUUUUCCAAAA